GCCGCCAACCGACAGUGUCAGUACUUGUUGAAAGCGCGCGGUGAGAGGACGCAUUGGGCGCUCGCUCUCAGAGACUUCACAGCCUCUUCCUCGCCGUCGCAGCUUCUGGAGCAUUAAUACACGAACUUUAGUCGUCCCUUCUUCAUAGUCUCCGUGUGCGCGCUGGACUAGCUGUGGUGUUUUAUUGUGCCGAUGGUGAAGGUGUGAUAUACUGAACAGACCCAUUACGGUGCACCUCUCCUUGUGCAAGUGUCCAUAUCUCAGUGACAUAUUAGAUUUAGAAGGGAAGAAGCCUCUCGAAGUAAAAGAGGCAAAGGAUUCGAUGUGUGUGCACCAACUCCCGAUCGGAAAAUGACAUCAUCGCAGCCUGUGAAGAUGAGGAACAUGACUUCCAGGAUGAAGUUGGUGCUGGUGACAAUGAUGGUGAUGUAUGUGCAAGAGGCAGUGGCCUUUCCCGGCGACUUGCGACUCGUGAACAACGGCUACAACGGGCUCACUGUGGCCAUUAGCGAAAAUGUUCCCCACGACCACUGCAACCACGUCAUUCAUGGCUUGAAG